AGCUGGCGGUAAUGCAACAUUUUAUUGGACGCCAACUGCCGUUAAACCUCAUCAAAGAAGAAGAACCCGACCAUAGAAGUAAACAUGGCAGACGACAAUCCCGUAGCGGAUGUUCAACUGCCUCCAGCUUCUGAAAUCAGGAAGCCUCGUCCGAAAAAAGCACCUGAGCUCCCUAUUUUGGAGAGAAGAAACUGGCUCAUCCACCUUCACUACAUCCGUAAAGACUAUGAGAUCUGUAAGUCAAUUAUCAAAGAGCAGCUACACGAAACCGGGGGGAUGUGUGAAUAUGCCAUCUAUGUACAAGCUUUAAUCCUUCGCCUGGAAGGGAAAAUCCAGCAGUCACUGGACCUGUUCCAGAGCUGUGCAAUACUCAACCCUGGCAGCUCGGAUAACCUCAAACAAGUGGCCAGAUCCCUAUUUCUCCUUGGUAAGCAUAAGGCUGCCAUAGAGGUUUACAAUGAGGCUUCACAGCUCAAUGAGAAAGACUGGGAGAUCAGCCACAACUUAGGUGUGUGCUACAUCUAUACCAAAGACUUCAACAGUGCAGAAGAGCAGUUGAACAUCGCCCUGGAGUUGAGCAAGCACGACCUGACCUACAUGAUGCUGGGAAAGAUUCACCUGCUGGAAGGGGACACUGACAAAGCCAUCGACGUGUACAGGAGUGCUGUUGAGUUUUCUCCUGAAAACACGGAUCUUCUCACCACUCUUGGCCUGCUAUACAUGCAGCAAGGCAAAUAUCAGAAAGCCUUUGAACACCUUGGGAAUGCCCUGACGUAUGACCCCAACAACUUUAAGGCCAUACUGGCAGCUGGCAGCAUGAUGCAGACGCAUGGGGACUAUGAUGUUGCCAUGAAUAAGUACCGCGUGGCAGCUUAUGCUGUACCUGAGAGCUCACCCCUCUGGAAUAACAUUGGCAUGUGCUUCUUCGGAAAUAAGAAAUAUGUGGCGGCCAUCAGCUGUCUGAAGAGGGCCAACUACCUGUCUCCGUUUGACUGGAAAAUCCUGUACAACCUGGGCCUGGUGCAUCUCACCAUGCAGCAGUACGCCUCAGCCUUCCACUUCCUCAGUGCUGCCGUCAAUCUGCAGCCAAAGAUGGCAGAGCUCUAUAUGCUGCUGGCAGUUGCACUUACUAAUAUGGAUGACGGGGAGAAUGCCAAGCGAUCAUACGAGCAAGCAGUGUUGUUGGAUGACUGUAACCCCUUGAUCAAUCUGAAUUUCGCAGUCCUGUUGUACAAUCAAGGAGACAAAAAAGGAGCCACAGAACAGUACCUGGAGAUGGAGAGUAAAGUGAUGGAAAGCAGCCAUAAUGAAGAAUUUGACCCAGAGCUCAUUGAGAUGGCCCAGAAGUUGGCAUCUGCUCUCCAGGUGGGAGAGACCUCGGUGUGGACCAAGCCAGGUAAGGACUCCAAAGUCGGUCAGCGUUCCAAGACAACGUCCCUGCAACCCCUGGGCACCAACCAGGCCCUUGGGCAAGCCAUGUCUUCAGCUGCCAGCAAAAGCAUCCAGCUAGCUGCAGGCUCUAAGGCUCCACCCAAGUCCACCUCCACGCCGCUAGAUGAAGAGCAUGAUGUGGAGAAUGCCCCUUCCCCUCCCCUGGGGGACCCUGAGUCAGAGGAUCCCAAAGCCAAAGAAAAGAAGAGCAAGUCUAAACCUGUGGCUGAGUAGGGUCCAUGAUCCACUGCUAUAUGUGAAGCGUAGCAGUGUAUAGUUGAAUAGUAUGUACUGUAUUGGGGUUGGAUUGUUAAUUGCAGGUUUAAGAUGUUUUGAAUAAAAGUAGGGGGAGACGUUAGUGUAUUCAGACCCCUUGACUUUUUCCACAUUUUGUUAGGUUACAGCUGUUACGCACGCCUCAGAAGAGGGAACGCAACUCCCUGCUACAACUCAACUCUCUGAAGUGCAAGAGGUAUGGACUGUAGGUGCGAGUAAGGAUGACACAAAAGCAGAAUUUACCGUUUACUAGAAUUAAUUUUCUUACACUGUAAUAUGGGGAAAAGGGGCUGGACGGAACCAAAGCAAAGAAAGUAAAUAUCAAAGUUCCCCCUCUCCUAUCUAACCUGCCUACCCACUUAACUAACUUAGCACCGUCUGGUGCCCUAACCAAAAUACAGGGGGUGGUCCGCCCAGGUCUUACCUAGUGUGCCUAGACAGUAAAUAUACUACGGGUAUAUGUAUGCCCGCGGGCCUCUUGCCUAAGCACUCACAAAGUGCCUUCUCCUUCCCCCCUGGGAACAAAUGAAACAGAGUAAUUAUUAAUGAUUUCACAAACACUCACAAACACAGGACAUAGAAAAACUGCUACCAACAACAUUACAUACCACACUUUCUGAUACACAACCCACACUAUAUCACAAUCUAAGUUCUCUCUCAAUCUCCAAAUCUCUACUCCAAAUCUCAUCUCAUCUCCUCUCUCUCUCCUCAUCUCUCCUCUUCUGGGCAGAACACUGGCUUUUAUCUUCAGGUGGCAAUGGUGAUUAGUGUCAGCUGCUUCUUGACGAGGGGGCGGGGUCAGCUCCAAUCACCAAUUAGCCUGGGGUUGACCAAUCAGCUGGUUGGGGAGUACUUCAGGAAGCCAUCUCCUGAAACACACACUCAAAUACAAAACAGAACACAGAAACUGGGGAACGUAACAACAGCCUUAUUCUAAAAUGUAUUAAAUAGUUUUUUCCCUCAUCAAUCUACACACAAUACCCCAUAAUGACAAAGCAAAAACAGGUCUUUAGAAAUUUUUGCAAAUCUAUUACAAAUAAAAAACUGAUAUCACAUUUACAUAGGUAUUCAGACCCUUUACUCAGUACUUUGUUGAAGCACCUUUGGCAGCAAGUACAACCUCGAGUCUUCUUGGGUAUGACACUACAAGCUUGGCACACCUGUAUUUGGGGAGUUUCUCCCAUUCUUCUCUGCAGAUCCUCUCAAGCUGUCAGGUUGGAUGGGGAGCGUCGCUGCACAGCUAUUUUCAGGUCUCUCCAGAGAUUUUCAAUCAAGUGUAAGUCCGGGCUCUGGCUGGGCCACUCAAGGACAUUCAGAGACUUAUCCCAAAGCCAUUCCUGCGUUGUUUUGGCUAUGUGCUUAGGGUCGUUGUCCUGUUGGAAGGUGAACCUUUGCCCCAGUCUGAGGUCCUGAACGCUCUGGAGUAGGUUUUCACCAAGGAUCUCUGUACUUUGCUCCGUUCAUCUUUCCCUCGAUCCUGACUAGUCUCCCAGUCCCUGCCGCUGAAAAACAUCCCCACAGCAUGAUGCUGCUACCACCACGCUUCACCGUAGGGAUGGUGCCAGGUUUCCUCCAGACAUGACGCUUGGCAUUCAGGCAUUUCAUCAGUCCAGAGAAUCUUGUUUCAAAUGGUCUGAGAGUCUUUUGGUGCCUUUUGGCAAACUCCAAGCGGGCUGUCAUGUGCCGUUUACUGAGGAGUGGCUUCCAUCUGGCCACUCUACCAUAAAGGCCUGAUUGGUGGAGUGAUGCAGAUGGUUGUCCUUCUGGAAGGUUCUCCCAUCCCCACAGAGGAACUCUGGAGCUCUGCCAGAGUGACCAUCUGGUUCUUGGUCACCUCCCUGACCAAGGCCCUUCUCGCACAAUUGUUCAGUUUGGCCUGGCAGACAGAUUUAGGAAGUCUUUGGUUCAAAACUUCUUCCAUUUAAGAAUGAUGGAGGACACUGUUCUUGGGGACAUUCAAUGCUGCUGAAAUGUUUUGUGCCUCGACACAAUCCUGUCUUUGAGCUCUACGCACAAUUCCUUCGACAUCAUGGCUUGGUUUUUGCAGUGGGACCUUAUAUAGACAGGUGUGUGCCUUUCCAAAUCAUAUCCAAUCAACUGACUUUACCACAGGUGGACUCCAAUCAAAUUGUAGAGACGUCUCAAGAAUGAUCAAUGGAAACAGGAUGCACCUGAGCUCAGUUUCGAGUCUCAAAGCAAAGGGUCUGAAUAGUUAUGUAAAUAAGGUAUUUUUAAUACAUUUGAAAACCUUUCUAAAAACGUGUUUUCUCAUUGUCAUUAUGGGGUAUUAUGUGUAAAUUGUUAAGGAAAGAAACGUAUUCAUUAAGGCUGUAAUGUAACAAAAUGUGGAAAAAGUCAAGGGGUCUGAAUACACAAAGGUGUAACUCUGGAGGAUUUUGCAACUGAAUGGUUAAUCAAAUGUAUGCCCACCUAUCAAGCACUCUUCAGCCAAUCAGAAUUGAAUGUUCAACAAAACCGCGGUAUAAAAAUGUAUAAACUGUUAGUGUUCCUGACUUGAGUGUUGUCUCAUCCUCUCAGCCUUUCAUAAGAAAAAAUGCUUUUGGAAAGCCAACACGAUGUGGUCCAAAUACCCCUAAACUUAAAUUAAGUCUGGAUGUUUAUUUGCUUCAAUCACUGAACAUAACCGGCGUUUAUUAGAGACAGGCUCCUAUUUGAGACAGGUGUCUAUCCUUAAUGCACACAGCUUUUCCUCAAUAAAAUGUUGAAAAGA